AUGACGCCUGGCACGCAGUCACGAUCUGGCAAAGUGUGGGAACAGCAAUCAGGCAAUUUGAAGAUUCACAAGCGAACCCACACUGGAGAAAAUCCUUUCACCUGUGACCAGUGUGGGAAGAGCUUUAGCCGGUUAGGCUUUUUGAAGAUUCACCAGAGAAUCCACACUGGAGAAAACCCCUACUCCUGUGACCAGUGUGAGAAAAGUUUCAAGGACUCACGCUCAUUGCAGCGCCACCAAAUAUUUCACACUGGAGAAAAGCCUUACACCUGUGACCAGUGUGAGAAGAGCUUUAACCAGUCAGGCGAUUUGAAGGUCCACCAGCGAACCCACACUGGAGAAAAGCCUUUCACCUGUGACCAGUGUGGGAAGAACUUUAGCCGGUCAGGCUGUUUGAAGCGCCACCAGACAAUCCACACUGGAGAAAAACCCUACUCCUGUGACCAGUGUGAGAAAAGUUUCAAGGACUCACGCUCAUUGCAGCGCCACCAGAUAUUCCACACUGGAGAAAAGCCUUUCACCUGUGAUCAGUGUGAGAAGAGCUUUAACCAGUCAGGCUAUUUGAAGGUCCAUCAGCGAACCCACACUGGAGAAAAACCUUUCACCUGUGACCAGUGUGAGAAGAGCUUUAGGCAGUCAGGCAAUUUGAAGGUCCAUCAGCGAUCCCACACUGGAGAAAAUCCUUUCACCUGUGACCAGUGUGAGAAAAGUUUCAAGGACUCACGCUCAUUGCAGCGCCAUCAGAUAAUCCACACUGGAGAAAAGCCUUUCACCUGUUACCAGUGUGAGAAAAGUUUCAAGGACUCACGCUCAUUGACGCGCCACCAGCGAAUCCACUCCUUUGACCAGUGGAAGAAAGAGUUCAGUGACUCAUACAGUGUGAAGCUCCACCAGCCUACCCACACUGGAGAAAAACCUGACGUCUGUGCUCCCUGUGAGAAGAGUUUCAGAAAACAAGACCACAUGGGAGAACCCCUUCACUAGUGCACUGAGACUGUUCAGAAAGAGUGAGGUGGACUGUUUGACACAACUCGCUGUUAAAAGAUGUUGUGUGGAUUUUAAAAGUUGUUCAAAUGUUCUCAAUAAUAUUCAAAAGAUGCACUUAAGUUGUCAACUUGUAUUUUUUUCCACAGCAAACACCACACACAAAGCUCACUAAAGAACAAGGCACAACAGUCACUUAAAUGUGAUAAUGUUAUACAUAUGUGGUAAUUUAACAACAAGCUAAAGCCUACAGAUUUCUAAAAGUGUGCAUAGAGCCCUUAGUCUCAUAUAAGCUGGAUAGAGCGUCACUUUGAACCAUAAACUAUUCCCGUUGCUGACUGUACUCAUUCAGGCCAUUUUACCAUCAGAAAGAGGUUCCACAGGGGUCUAUCCUUGGUCCAUUCAUAUUUACAUUAGAUGUUACAUAACUUUUUCAGUAGCCAGACUUUCUCCUUCGACCUUUUCUCUGUUGGGGAGGUUUGUAACCCCCAGUUUCCACUGGGUCCGUCUGCGCCGCACUGCGCCGCGGUUUUG